UCGCGUUUAGAUAACCGCCGUUUCUUGCACCGCUGGUCCUCCGCGCUUCAUUUUUUGCACCGAUUUUCGAGUUUCGGCCGAAGGAAUUUUAAUUACGCGGCUAAUUAAAGACAACCGUCCGAUAACGGUUAAUAGGGGAGGAAAAAAAAGGAAGGAAUGGCUAACGAGCGAUUACGGAGGAAGGAUUAAAACCGCUUUUAUAAUUAGGUAUCGAAGACACGCCCUUUUAUGCGGUCGGCGAAGACGAGGCAGAAACGAGAAAUCCGCGCUCGGAUCGAGGAUCGAGGAUGGAAUUUGAACCUCUCCCCCUUCUCCCCCUUGGAAAAUAGUCUACGUUCGCCUUGUCCACAAUGGGCGGCAGCGAUGAAAUGUAAUUUAAAUCGGCGCACGAUCCGAGGAAUCGUCGAAAUUCGGAGGACACAAAACUGUCACGGGCGAUCGGCCAUCGCGUGACGAGUUAACGAGAAUUCGAUUUUAUCGCCGCUCUUUUGCAACGAUGGAGCCAAGAGUUUUCAUUCGUGGCCUUUUGUUGUAAAAAUUCACUUAUAAAAAAAAUAGAGGGAGAAGAGGGAAGAGAAAAAAAAGAAGGAAAAGGGAAAAAAGAAAUUUUCAAACUUUCUCCGUCGGUUCGCUUUAAAAUUCGAAAGUCCUCCUCCUCACUGAUGUUCCGUGUAAUUUUCUAGAUCCGUUAAAGCUACGCGGAAUUCAAUAAAUCGAACGUCCCUUCCCUUGUCCAUUCGAAUCGAAAUUUUGAUUCCUCCUCGGAAUCUGGGCAAACGAAAAGAAAAAGAAAAAAAGGGAAAAAUUUAAUUCGUUCCUACUUCCAGUUCGACUAUCGCGAGAAUAUUCGCGAGAAUUACGAGCACUCAUUUCUCGAGAAUAUGAAAUUUAUAGCGGUCGCAUGCACGAGCUUGAUUUUAGCGAAAGAUUGUGGUCGAUCCGCGCCCCCGGGCCAUGUUUUUCUCGUUUUGACGGCAAUUUGCAACGAGUAGUCUCAUCCCGGGUUUAUCGUCGUCGUGACGCGUAUGCAUUAUGUCGAUAUUCCGCUACGUCGGGAAGAGAGAGCCUUUUAUCGUCGCCGAGUAACACGGAGCUUCGUAUUCUUUAAAUAGAGUUAACCGCCUUCGUAACUUCCUUUCUGCCGCUCGAAAUACACUCCACCAUUUUCUGCCAUGUUCCUUUCAUAAAUCAAUUCGAUUCAAAGUUAAGCUCUUUCAUUGCGGUUAUUAAAUCCACACUUCAAUUACACCGUAAUUGACAAACUUUCUCGCCGACUUAUCCAUUUUUUUUUUCCAAUUCCUUUACGAGAUUAAAAUCAAGAGAAAGUUAAAAUUUAUCCUUUAACCCUCCUCCCAGAGGAUCAAUUCUGAAAAUCGAUAUCCAUUCAAUCGGGAAAAUUAACUAAUAGUUUUACGAGAUCCUCGUGUCGAAAUCUGAUCGACUUCCGGUGAUACGGACCGCAUCAAUUACUCCCAUCAAUUACUCGGUGUUGAUACUGGCGGCGAUAUAUCGUCGUAUGGGGAGGUGAAUGUCAAGCCGGCCAUCAAGGCGUGACACGAUUACCGAGAACAGCGCGAAAACACGUUUGUGGUUGCGCUUCUAAGCCGCACGACCGAUAAACUUCGCACGAUGAUACGGUUGCGACGAGACAGAGCAGCGGGACAGUAGGGAACAGCGAGGGGCAAGAAGAGACGACGAGCAGCUGUUCCCCGAGGACGUCGACGGCCACGAUAACGAUGACGAUGACGACCACGCCGACAACUCCGACGUCCACGUCCACGAUGACUGUGACGUCAAUGGCAGCGCCACUCGUGCCCGCGGAAUCGGAGGCGUCGAUAUCGUCCACCGCGACGGAGCAGAGGCAGCGGCAACAGGCCCAACAGCCCCAUGCGGCCACCACGCCGGCUACGUCGUCCACCACGGCCUCCUCGUCCACAGAGGCCAACAAAUUGUCGACCAACGUCCUCUUCUCCUUACCUGCGUCGCCGAAAAAAUCCGCCUCUGAGUCGUCCACCAAGAUACCGAGCAAUAUAUCCAAAUCUCAAAUGAAAGAAUUCAGGGAAGCGUUCAGACUGUUCGACAAGGACGGGGACGGAAGCAUCACGAAGGAGGAACUCGGCAGGGUGAUGCGCUCGUUGGGGCAAUUCGCGAGGGCCGAGGAGCUGCGCACCAUGUUGCAGGAGAUCGACAUCGACGGAGAUGGAAAUGUCAGCUUCGAAGAGUUCGUGGAAAUCGUGAGCAACAUAGGUGCGAAUGAAACCGCCCCCACCGAUCAGGAUCAGGAAGAGCAGGAGCUGAGGGAUGCGUUUCGGGUAUUCGAUAAACACAAUCGAGGAUACAUCACCGCAUCCGAUUUGAGGGCAGUGCUGCAAUGUCUCGGCGAGGACUUGUCGGAAGAAGAGAUCGAGGAUAUGAUCAAGGAAGUGGACGUGGACGGAGACGGUCGUAUCGAUUUCUACGAAUUCGUCCACGCGCUCGGAGAGCCGGGGAUCGACGACGACGAGGAGGACGAGGAGGAGGAGGUGCUGUCCCCGGGCUACUAGGAUUUUACUUACUUUCUCGUGUCUGUGUUAGAUAGAACGAAUUAACGACGAGCCAGCGGACGACGGACAUACACGUUCGUCGCAUACUUUUUCCCCCCUCUGACAUUCACUUCGUUGCAUGUAAUUCGAGCGUCGUGGAUCGAAAUUCGAUCCGAUGUUCGAUGAUACGAUUUCUUCGAAAAAAAAAAUAUAUAUAUAUAUAUCUUUUGCUCGCGUUCGACGUUGUACAUCGAAUGAAGCAAAAAGAAAAAAAAGAAGAAAGAAGAAGAAAAAGAAGAAAAGAGCGGAACGAAGAAAGUAAGGAGAGGCGAGGAAAAUUUUAAAAUUCGCGCCGGCGCGAAAGAUAGUUGCGUUUCGAACCGAUAGAGCGUGCCACUCUCUGAUCCUACGACGAUUAGGUUAUCGCGCCAAUUCGAAACGCGAUGCAUCACGGCCUAUAGUUGUUACGCUCGUUACCUUUGAUCAAGGAUGUCAGAGGAUCUUUUUCGACAAGCAUCUAUCGUAAGAAUUGUAGAUACAACGCUUGGUGUGAUUUUAUGUUAUCCGAAUCGGGGCAGACUUAUUCGAUAAUUAUUAUCUUUCGCUACGCAAUAUAUCGAUAUAUUAAAAUCGUGGCGUCAUCAAGGAAAUUUGAUCGUUUCAAUUUCAACGAGAUUAUUAUUAUUUCCCUUAAAAAAAAUUACAUUCUUGAUACUUAAUUGCAACGUGAGCAAUAUGAAAGAUGUAGUUUAUAAGAGGAAAAGAAAAUUAGCUCGCGUUUCGUGUAACAUAACGUUCCAACAAGCGACGCGUCAUCUAAUCUUCUUCGUUAACUAAAACUGCUGCAAAGUAUCUAAAGACCGAUAAGCCUUCGUGGACCGUGCUCGACGAUUCAUUGCGAUGCGAGACGCGAGAGGUCGAUCAGGGAAACGGAGACACGAUCAUUGAUAAAAAGCGAUCUUCUUCUUCUGGAUUAAAAAAAAAGAAAAAAGAAAGAAAAAGAAAACGAAGAUUACAAUGAUUGUGCUCCUUUUCCCAAGACGAACGCCCAUUUCCUCGCUUAAUUACUCGUUCGACGAAUCUCUUGGUGUCCAGGUCGCCCGUGUCGAUCGAUCGGAAAAAGGAAAAAAAAAAAAAAAAGAAAAAAAGAAAAAAAGGAAAAAGUAAAAAAAAAGAGCGACCGAUUGAUAAUCGAUUUCUUCUCGUAAGAAUAUGUGGAUUUUUCGAUUUUAAUCUCUCUCUAAGUCUAAUCUUGUAUAAGUCACGUACUGUAUUCUCCAUCUAUAAAGUAAAAGUAAACGUAAGAGUUAAGAAGAAUCAAGCACCGCAAUAAAACACGAUCGAUCGCGAUCCGUUUAAAACCGGACGACGAUAGUAGAUUAUGUUAUUAGAGGUUGUUGCGUUCCCGCCAUUUUGGGGGGGGAACACGGACGAACGUGACGUGGACGUGACGUGAAAAACUGGCGCUUGCACUUGAAAGAGAAAAAGAAAAAAAGAAAAAAAAAAAAACUCUCGAGGGAUCCCGAUUCCCCACGCUCGAUUUUUACGAGCGCGGGACACAGCACGUGUCGAGGAAUCGAACGGUUGAAUUGUGAAUUUUAAAUCGAUCUUGAUCGCUUCGCUCUCCUUGAGCUUCGUACUGUGUACCUUAUUAACGAUAUCUCACUGUUACGCCAAAUAAGAGCCGCACGCUGUUUCAAAUAUUUUAAAGGGUCUAAUAAAUCUACUGAACAAAA